AAUACACUGCCUGCUUUGAGCCAAUCAGGCAGGAAGGAUGCUGUAGAACAGGAUGACGGUGAAUAUUGCUAGUGUGCAGCAAAUGUGAAAGGAAAGGCAGAGCUUCCAGUUUAUGUGCAGAUUAAAGAAGAAGAAACAGACCCAGGAAGGGGUGGAUUGGAUUAGGAGACUGGCUGGAAGGCAAGCAUACCUAAAGAACACAAGUGUCCUCCCCACUGUACAAUUGAAAGUGGCAGAAGAUUUCUUUUGACUAACCAGCAAGAGCCCAAAUUGGCUCUUUAGCUUCUUAACACUGUGUUAUUUUGUCAUAUUUUGGAGAAGCGAUCACAAUGAAUUUCCUCCGAAGGCGCCUCUCAGACAGUAGUUUUGUUGCCAACUUGCCAAAUGGUUAUAUGAUGGACCUUCAGCGUCCAGAUAAUUCUACCAGCAACCCUGUUUCCCCAGCAACAGAGAGGAGACAGCAGUCUCUGCAGCAGCCUGCUCCUCUUUCUUCUGGUACCAGCAUCUUUAGCUCCCUCUCCAGUGCCAUGAAGCAGACCACACAGGCAGCGGCAGGACUGAUGGAGCACUCAACAAGUCCUGCCCCUGUAGUCCAACAGAAACCCCAGAUCCUCUUGGUAAUUGAUGAUCCCCACACAGAUUGGGCUAAAUAUUUUGAAGGAAAGAAGGUGAAUGGGGAACUUGAGGUCCGUGUGGAACAGGCAGAGUUUUCAGAACUGAACCUGGCUGCUUAUGUAACUGCUGGCUGUAUGGUAGAUAUGCAAGUCAUGAGGAAUGGCACCAAGGUGGUCAGAUCCUUCAAGCCUGACUUUGUUCUCAUCCGGCAGCAUGCUUACAGUAUGGCACUAGGAGAGGACUUUCGCAGCCUUGUCAUUGGUCUGCAAUAUGGCGGAGUCCCCAGUGUCAAUUCACUUUUCUCCAUCUACAAUUUCUGCAGCAAACCCUGGGUGUUCUCUCAGCUGAUAAAGAUCUUCAACUCUCUGGGUCCUGAGAAGUUUCCUCUUGUAGAGCAAACAUUCUUCCCAAGCCAUAAACAGAUGCUCACAACUCCAGCUUUCCCUGUUGUUGUCAAGCUGGGACAUGCUCAUGCUGGAAUGGGGAAGGUAAAAAUUGAGAACCAGCACGACUUCCAAGAUAUUGUAAGCGUGGUAGCCAUGGCCAAAACAUACGUCACAACAGAGACUUUCAUCGACUCCAAAUAUGAUAUCAGAAUCCAGAAAAUUGGGAACAAUUACAAAGCCUACAUGAGGACAUCGAUCUCUGGAAACUGGAAGGCAAAUACAGGUUCUGCUAUGUUGGAGCAGAUUGCCAUGACUGAGAGAUACCGGCUUUGGGCAGAUUCUGUUGCAGAGAUGUUUGGAGGCCUCGACAUUUGUGCAGUCAAAGCAGUCCACAGCAAGGAUGGAAAGGAUUACAUAAUUGAGGUGAUGGACAGCUCAAUGCCUCUGAUCGGGGAGCACAUAGAGGAAGACAGACAACUAAUUGCAGAUCUGGUUGUCUCCAGAAUGACUCAAACCUUCCUGGCUGUGGGAUCUUCCCCUUCACCUCUGAGACCUUGGCCACAGUCAAUGAAAACACAGAUACAGCCUCAGCCGGGACCCCAGCUUGGACAGCUUUCCCAACCCCGACCGCCACCUCAGGGGGGGCCACGCCAACCUCAGGGAUCACAGCCUGCACGCACAGGAGCUCCACCCCAGCAAAGGCUCUCUCCGCAGGGUCAGCAACCACAAAGCCCUCAGUCCACCUCACCACAACAGCAGAGAUCACCUGGAUCUCCCCAGCAAACCAGAUCAUCAGCCAGUAGUUCACCAAGCCAGUCUUCCAAACCAGGCGCCUUCCCUCCUCAGCAGCCUCGACCUCCAGCUCAAGGACGAGCUCCUGGUCCACAAGGGUCUGGAGAAUCAACCAAGCAGCAGGCCCCUCCACAUCCUCAUUUAAACAAAUCACAGUCAUUGACAAACACUUUCAGCCUCUCAGAUUCUUCACAACGGGGAAAUCCAAAUGAAGAUGAGGCAAAAGCUGAAACCAUUCGCAACCUGAGAAAGUCAUUUGCUAGCCUGUUUUCUGAUUAAUCUUUUAAAGUUUGUGCAGUUUGGUUGUUUUUUGAAAAUUCCUGUCUUUUUUAUAUUCCCCUAUCCAGUCUUGUCAUUAAAAUUACCCAUUAGUACAUAUAGUUUCUUUUAAAACACAUUCACACAUACAAAUGAGGAAAGUGUCAACAAGCAAGAGGAAUUUAGUCAUUCACAUAUCCUCUUGCCCAGCUCCUGGGCCCCUUUGUAGCCAUAUAUCUGGACAAUGCAUACACACAUAAAUAUGUAUGAUAUAUUCAUUCUUUGCCCUCUAUUCCAAGUCUGAAAGUAAAGUUCGUGCACAAUUGAGCUUACAAUUGUGUGGAUGAGAGGCCAAAGUCAAUAGGAUACAAUUAUAUUGCCCCAAAGCUACUUUACUGUGUGUAUACAUAAACCCAAAGCCAGUAGAGUUAUCUACUUGACUAAACAGCACCAGUUAUGUUUUUAAGUUUACUCUGUUAAGAGAAUCACACUGACAAUAAAAGAACACCAGCCAUGCUUCCCCACAUAACCCAGUGACCACAAUUUUCAGGAUACCCUUUUGUGUAACAGUCCUUGCAGAACAAACAUCUUUGACAUGGUGUGUUCAUAAGGUGCGUCAUGAACAAACACAAUGCUAGAGUCAGUUAUCCAAUUGCUCCUGGUUGUAGCAUGCCCAGUAUAUUAGACCAUGAAGCUUCAUUCUGCAGUUGAUUGAAUGGCAUUGGUGGCAGGUCACUUCACAUUUUUUUGGUUUAUUCCUUCUCAACAUGCCAGAGAAAGAAUCCAGCAUUUUAUCUUGUUCAUUUCUGUUUUGCUGGGAGUAAACCAAGUAGAAGCUCCCCAUUGCCAAGGGACACAAAACAAUCAACUGUAGCACAAAGCUCUAUGGUUCGUUUAGCCUUCAGUGGCUGAAGAGCAGGGUAUAAAUACAGUACUGUAAAUGUUUAGCAGCUACUACUGCAAGCUGAAGCAAUCAAGUUACGUGUACUGGCAUGCCACUCACUCAAACCACUCAAAACCAAACCUAAUAGAUCACAGAACUUUUUACUUUGUUUAUAUAAAGAAGGAUCAUUUCUAGACAGAUGCCCCCUGGAAAAAAUCCAUUCUAAUUCCGAUAUGCAAUUAAUCUGGUAUCCCUGUAGUACUGGGGAUGGGAAUGGCUGAUGAGGUCAUUCUGAUUCAAAUUGUCUUGUUCCCUUGUCCAUAAAGGUGAAGCCUGUACAAGAUUUGAAAGCCUCUAGGUAAGGGAAUUAAAAUACAGAAAUGCUGUCUUAAGAAUAGCGUAUCCUAGUAAAAGUAUAUGCAAGUGUUUGAUUUACACUUGUGAACAAGCACCCAUACUGUAUUUCAGAUAAGGGCUAGGAUUUUACACCCAUCAGUUCCUUAGAGAAAGCAAGAUCAGUGUUCAUUAAGUAUAUUUUGAAGCAGCCACAGAUCUAAGUUGGCAGAAAUAUUAUAAGGAAAACUCUUUUUAAAAAAGCAUCCAGGUAGCUAUCUGCUAAUGGCAGCAAAAACAGAGUAACAGUGCCACAGGUUGAAUUCAUGGCAUAACAAUAUGCACUCAUUUACCAAUCUGACUUCCCCCCCCCCACAACCCAGCUGCCCAGUCUCAGAAUUAGGCUCUAGUAUCCUGAUAUUGAAGCAUGAUCAGGUUACAUAUCAUCAUAAA